AUGUCCGCCCGUGCAUCCCACCGACAACGCAUAAUGGCCAAGAGAUCGUGGCCAAUACGAGCUGGUGGUAUUCGUGAUUACAAUAGGCUUGUUGCUAUGAAUGUGUUUUUUGUCGAUGCACCCCACGCCAUGACUGCACUGGCAACGAAGACAGCUUUGAAACUCAACCUUGGCCAACAGGUUUUCUCCCGCCAAUGGUUUGACGAUACGGACAAACAGCAAUGGGGGGCACUGGAGAAUAUUCAAGUAUCGCAAUUAUGGCCGGAUACCUCCAUUGGCGCACAUCGCGAAGAGAGAGACCCUAUCACAUGA